AUGAAUCCUCCAUUCGGUGUUACGGGCGCAAGCAGAUCUGGAAGCAUCUUUACGGCGACGCCAUUAGCGCCCCUAGCAACUGCUGAGAAUGGCCUUGGAAGUGUCUCAAACUCGUAUUCCUCCUCAAGUCAUGUUGUUCAUGAAAGAGUUCGUCAUAUGGUAAGCUUAAGUUCAACAUUUCGUUAUGCGCUAGAAGAUGAAAAUUACCAAUUUGACAGACGAGUGACGGCGGCUGGCAAACUAGCGAAACAACCACCCGCAGCUUUGAUGGGCCAGGAGGUGUUCAGAAACAGACAACGACUAGUCGAUUCUUUGGCUACCCUUAUCGCUCAGUAUAAGGAGGUUAAUGGAGUCAUUGACAGCAUGGGCAGAGCAUGGGAAAUUGAGGAUGUUGUGCUGGAAAAGGGUACAACUGGUUUAGGAUUCUCGAUAACUGGAGGAACUGACCAACCGGCUGAAGACGGUGAUACCUCUAUUUAUGUCACUAACAUCAUAAUGGGUGGUGCUGCUGCAGCGGAUGGUCGCAUGAAGAAAUUCGACAAGAUUUUGAAAGUGAACAACACUGAAUGUGUCAAUGUGCCGCAUGAAGUCGCAGUUAAUGCGUUGAAGACCGCAGGAAAUGUUGUACGACUGGUGAGUCACCCCGCACCUAGGAUAAAAGGAGGUGGGAGGGAGAAAGUUUCACAUAGUGGAGCGUAUCCUUGCAUUACUGGUUGCAUAGAACCUUAA